AUGCGAAGUCCAACAGGUUUCACAAUGGCACAGCAAAGGCUCACAGAGGAACUCAAGGAGCUCGAGAAGAAUCCACGCGAUGGUAUCGUCGCUACAAUCAUGGAUGAAGAUGUGUUCGAAUGGCUUGCUAGGAUAGCAGGUCCUGCAGGCGAGCCGGAUUAUGAUCUUAUGCUGCAUAUGCCGAAGGACUAUCCUUCAUCACCACCGAAGGUGGCGUUUGUUACCAAGGUCGAUCACCCGAAGGUCAAUAAGAAUGGCGCGAUUGAUAUUGCAAUUCUGACGCAGGAGGGGUGGAGAGAGGAGUUGACGGUGGCGAAGUGUAUGUCUGAUGCAAUGGGUGGAAAGGGUGUUAUGUCACGAAGCUGA